GGCGAAGGAAGAAUGGAAGUUUCGGCGAGAAAAAUAGAUAGAACGUGCGCGCAGGCUCGCGCAGCGACAAGCCACCGACCAUUCCGCCCUAGCCGUCCUCCCUCCCUCCCUCCUACGAAGAUCUCUUUCCAAUUAAACAAACGCUCCCCCAAAAAUCCACCUUCCCACCAGUUAACCCAUCGCCCUCCUCCAGAUCCCAACCUCCCUAAUCCGUGGCCAGCAGAAGCGGCGGCGUUUCUAGGUAGAUACAGAUAGUAAUUUAAGGGCUAAGCUGCAAACCAAGAGAUGGACAGCAAAAAGAAGAGGAACAGGAAGAAGAAGGGAAACCAAGGGAAGAAUACUGGUGAUGCGGUGACCAAUGCCGAUGAAGCUGUUCCUCACAGCCACAAUGAUGAUUUGGCUCCAAAAGAAAAUUAUAGUGGUGCUGAUGCAGAUGAUGCAGUGUCCAGUGUUGGAGAUGCAGUGUCCAGUGUUGGAGAGGGAACACAGUACCAGAAUCACGAGCAGACUCCGCAUGCAAAGCAGAAUGUUGCAAACGCUGAUGAAACCAUAUCGUCGUCUGUUGGUGAGGUGAUUCCAUGCGACGAGAAUCACGAACCUACCAUGACACAGGAGAAUCACAAGGCCAGUAAUACAGUCUAUGCAGAUCAGAUGAGCAUUGGGAUUUCAGAUUCUACCAUGGAACUUGGCAAGGACCGACUUUUUGAAUCAAAGCUUGAUAAAUUACACGAUACAAUAAAGCAAUUGGAAGAUGAGAAAGGUUUAUGGCUUCAAAAAGUGAACGAGAUGGAGAGCGAACUUGAAAAGUUGCAUAACAAAGUGGGUUAUCAUGCACAAAAUGAGGUCAUUUUGGAGGAAAAACUUAAUAAUCUACAGAAUGGGUACGAUAUGCUGGUUAAAAAGGAGGAAGUUUUGGAUAACAAAGUCAAGUGCGUAGAGGAUGUCAAUGGUGUCCUAACUCAUCAGGAGACUUCUCUUAAAGAAAGAUUAAGUUUGCUGGAGGAAACCAACAAAGCAUUACAGGAGCAGGUGAAGGUAUUGGAUGAAACUUCAAAAAGUACUGUUGAGGAAAAUCAGCGGUUGGUGGUAAGUGUGGAUGAAUUGGAGUCAAGAUUACAAACCCUUGAAGCAAAGAUUGCACUUACUGAAGCCUCCAUUACUAAAGAGGUUCCUGAAAAUGAGGUGAUGAAUCAAACAGAUCUGUCCGGUUCAUUUCUCCAUAAGCAGACCACUGAUUUUACGACCGUGAUCAGUAAAGGUAACGAACUUGCUGCUGAUAGAGGUCUGAACAGUUCGCUGGCAGUUACUUCGGACAAUAUCUACAGUCAUGUCAGCAACAUUCCUGUUGGUGCCUAUUCUAGUGAUCAUGCAGAUGAAACUUCGGUGUACGUUGCAGAAGCAACGAGCAGCAAUGGUGCUGGCCAGAGCCUCAUGAACGCAAAUGCAUGCCAAGGAUUUGAUGAACCAAGAACAAGUGGUGAAAUCGUGCCGGUUCCGUUGGAUGAUAUACUGAUUCAUGAAGAUGAUCCACAGACAGCUGAGGAGGUUCCAUUUACUGAUGCCCCCAUUGUUGGCGCACCCUUCCGGUUGAUCUCGUUUGUUGCUAGGUAUGUCAGUGGUGCAGACUUGGUGAACCAAAAGUAACUCUACAUCUGCCCAUCGGGCUGCUCGAGAUCUGUGUGCUGGAAAGAGGAGUCCUGUUUUUUGUUGCACUGACAUAGUUUUCAGUAAGCUUUUGGAACUUCUUCGUAACAUUAAGAUGGUGGCGAAUGUGUUGGACGGGUGCAUUGGAUUCUGCAGAGAUAUGGACGCUAUGGUGAUUUGUGGCGGUGCUUGCUGCCGAUAGAUUUUUCUUCCUCCCCUGUAAUUUUAUCAGGGGCGUGAGAAGUUAUUGUUCCGGAUUUAUACAAGAGGGCUUUGUCUGACCAUGUGAGAAGCUGUACUGGCCAGAUUUAUAUUAUAGUAACAUCUGAAAUGUUGGUAUGCCUUGUAUUCUCUGAGUUCUGGUAUGUGGGUGAUACGGCCACCUUGAUUGGUUAUUACUCCCUCCGUUCCGUUCUAAGUGUUAAGGGUGCGUUUGGUUGCAGUCAUCAACCGGAAUGUCAUGGGUCGGACCCGUUCCUAGCCCCGUUCUGGUGUUUGGUAGGAGUAUAGAGCUGGAACGGUAACCGACCCGUUCCUAGCCCCGUUCUGGUGUUUGGUAGGAGUAUAGAGCUGGAACGGUAACCGACUGGUUCCCACGAACCGAAUAUUCCUCUCAGAUGCGGAACGCGCUCAUACCUCCAAAUCGAGCGGAGCACAUGGAACCGGUCGUUAUCCUCGCACUCCCGCAACUCUAUCGCCUCUCCCUCUCUCGACACGAGCGGCGGCGGGUAGCAAUAGGCGGCGUUGGAGGGAGGCGAGCAACGGCGGGCACCGAGAGACGGCGCUGGAUGGAGGCGAGCGACGGCGGGCACCGAGAGACGGCGGCUAAUGGAGGCGGGCGGCGGCGUAGAUCCGUACCAGAGUGCACGAGCAGCUCCUGCACGGCCUCAUGCAUCACGAGACGGCCGCGCUGGAUGGCCGCGAGCGACGGCGUUGAUCUGUAGUACGCGCAGCUGUGCGGCCUCGUGCACCGCUAGGCGCGGUCUUCGCGCCCAGGUGUCUCCAGUCCUGUGCCGGCGCCCAGCGAGCCCAACCAGUGCGCCGGCGAUUGGGGCUAAGCCCUGUACUGUUGAGCUCCCCAUCCAAUUCAGUCUUUGUCUUGUCGAGAUCAGCCAUUUGACUGAAACCGGCUGUUUUUGGUGUUCUGAAAUCUGAUUCAGUGUAUGCACUGCUCUUUUUUAAUUCAGCUUAAUCUUGCCCA